AUGACAUUCAUAUUAAGCAUAUUCUCGUACUCUUGUGGUCUGAUUGUGGACGCGUUCCUCAUAUUCAUAGCACUCUUUCAGAUCAUAUCGUUGGAUGAGAUGAAGAACGACUACAGGAAUCCCAUCGAUCUCUGCCAGACAUUGAAUCCAUUAGUUUUGCCCGAAUAUAUCGCUCACACCAUCAUCACUGUACUCUUCAUCAUCUCUGGCCAUUGGUUGUCCGCUGCCGUCAAUGUGCCGCUAAUGCUGUACCACAUCCACAGAUAUGAGAAGAGACCGUUGAUGAGUGAUCCGGGUAUAUAUGACGCGACCACUAUAUUACAGGUCAAUGAGCUAUCGGUGUCCACUCGCGAGUCGUGGACUAAACUCGUCUUUUAUUUCGUCACUUUCCUCUACUAUCUCUUUGCACUCAUUUAUGUCUUAAUACAAAACGUAUAG